AUGCCCCAGAUAGACCACACGGCAUCGCCAGGACAACUAGUGACUUCGAACACCUACGAUUGGUUACAGCAGCAAGAGGGUCCCUUGCAUGAGAACAAGCAGUAUGAAGUUCAUCACUCUGUGUUUAAGCCCCUCGAUAAGUACGCAUAUCUGUCCAACGACCCCACGUAUGCGCAAGAACGGGAACGUAAGCGUCAGAGUAUCCGGCAAAAAUUUGAGUACGUGGUUUCUGAAUGCCUCGAUGCCUUCAAGACUUACCAUGUAGAAUUGAGGAGAAUUAAGGCGGGUUCCAGCGGAUCGUAUUUUGUUUAUGGUAGAGAUCCUCAAUCCGGACCACUAGGUGUGUUCAAACCUAAGGAUGAAGAGCCCUAUGGGCCUCUGUCGCCCAAGUGGACAAAAUGGAUGCAUCGCACAUUUUUUCCUUGCUUCUUUGGUAGGUCCUGUUUGAUUCCUAAUCUGGGGUAUAUCUGUGAAUCUGCCGCCAGUCUACUGGAUGAGCGGUUGGGACUCGGUAUGGUACCGCCCACGGAUACGGUUGUGCUUGAGUCCCACAGAUUCUACGAUCAAAUGCAGACCUGGUUGUUUCUAUGUGGCGUGGAACCAAGAUUACAGAAGAAGUUGGGAUCGUUUCAACUGUUUCUCUACGACUAUAUGGGUGCGGAGGAGUUUCUUGCCAAAUAUCCGUUACCUGGGAUGUAUAGAGAUCAUCCGUCCCUUAAUCAGCAAAUAAACCAGCAUUUGAAGCAUGAGAAUCAGAAUUCGUCUGCGGGACCACAAGAUAAAUUUGAAUGGACUGAGGUUAAUCUUAUGAAAUUCAGGUUGGAAUUAGAGAAAUUAAUCAUAUUAGAUUACAUUAUGCGUAACACAGAUAGAGGACUCGACAACUGGAUGGUUAAAGUUGUUCCAAUUCACAGAAAAGCUGGCACUACUUGGAAUUUCCAUUUAGCAGCCAUAGACAACGGCUUGACUUUCCCCUGGAAGCACCCUGAUGAGUGGAGAUCAUACCCAUAUGGUUGGUUGUACUUGCCAGUACAUAUGCUAGCCCAACCAUUCUCAGAGUCUACAAGACGUCAUUUCCUGCCACUUUUAACCAGCGAACAGUGGUGGUCAGAAUCGUAUAAGGAGUUCACAGCCUUGUUCAGCAGGGAUUCCGAUUUUAAGAUACGUAUGUGGAGGAAGCAGUGGGCAGUUCUCAAGGGUCAAGCAUUUAAUGUGGUAGAAACUUUAAGAGAUAUUAGACAGGGACCACUAGAACUUGUAAGACGUACACGGUGCCUGGUGCUCGAUGAAAAGAUGCAAGUCCCCAUAGCAAUGCCCAUCUUGAACACUGCAAUCAAUGAAAGGAUCCCGAUACAAGCAGGAUCGCCAAUGAACCUCUACAGUUCCCCUGCAGGCAUAAACGAGGUAGCACAUCAACGAGAAGACGAUGACCAAGAUCAUUCAACAGCUCCCUUCACUUCGAAAACUGUGAUCAUUGAGCAUUUAGAAAUCGUGACAAAUACGCCAGUACUAACGUGGUGCUAG